ACUCCAGACCAGACUCUCUCUGAUAAGCCGUUAGACUUUCUGUUAGUAGUCGUUUAGAGUUGACUCGUAUCGUAUCGUCCUUCCGCAUUUUCCUUCCAGAAGCGGAAGGCAGACAUUCUCAUGUCCAGCGAUGGAUGCGGGCCAUCUCAAGUGAGCAGUCCGAGCCGUGGUCCAUUGAAUAACGUCCCAACGCCGCUAAGUCUUGUGCAGUCAACCAGCUUAAGGGCCUAGGAUCGCUCUCAAUCUAUUUUCGAGGAGUUCACGAGGAGUUCCGCGAGGAGUUCGCGAGGAUUUCGCGAGGAGCUCGAGAGGAUUUCCUGCCUCAAAACACUUGUCGAAAGCGCUAUGAGCUCAAGUUCCGAACCUCGCAGAGAUGCCGAGUCAGCCAGCCGACCAGGAUCGGAUGGCAUUUCAGCGGCAAACACGCCGGGAAUCGCGGAGGCUUCUGAGUAUGGCCCAGCCGGAGGGUUCACGGAAGAGCAGCGGUUUGAUACUCCGCCGGAAUCUCCGCAAAAGACGCUUUUGACUCAUACGAAGGAUCCUCGCGCGCUGUUGUCACACCCUCGAAGUGACAGUGACGAAGGGAUUUUAGAAGUUCCGAGUGCAAGCGGCGAUGAUCCCGAGGUCGGACGGACGGAGAGCAGAAGCGACGGAGACAGAACCAACGGAGAUAGGAACGGCGAAGCUCGUCCGUUCGUUGGAUCCAGCGAAAACAGCGAGGUUCUUCUUCCUCUUAACGAAGGGAGUCGGUCAGUCAGUAAUGGCGCUCCGUCAGUCAGCAAAGGCGCCCCGUCAAUGGUCGUGAAUCGUCAGUCAACAAGAGGGGUUGGAGGCGGCGCUAGCGAGCCAAGGAGCGGCUAUGACGCUGGGGGGAUGCUCCGAUUCGCACAGGGCCUGCUACCGAGGAGCGCACAAGUGCUGCUGGCCCCGAUAAAGGAACACUUCUGGACAAUCACAGCCCUGGCAGCAGCUGUUUCUGGCGCUGCGAUCCUGUGGCGGUCACCCUCUCCUUCCUGCUCGUGCCUGCUGCAGUACCGAGCAGUAAAUCUCAGGCGGCUAUGCCUCUGCAGGAGAUAGGAGUCCCCUUCAACCUGACAUGGCAGGGAUACAGCACCUACCUCCAGCAGCUAGAGCCGCUCCAGCAGCACGUGGGCCUGCCCUCCAUCCCGUUCCACCCCCUCCCCCGCGGCCCCCACGGCUUCAUUCAGUUCAGCGCCUACCGCCUUGCUUCCCGCACCUUUGCUGCGGUGGGCUUUGGAGCACACUUCUUGAAAGACCAUCUGGCACUGUUGAGUGCCUGUGGCAGGGAGGCCAGGUGCUGGAGCUGAAGGGAAGGUCCACAAUCAUCUACACUAACCUGCGGCAAGAGAGCGACUACGAUGCGAUUGUCAUAAAGUGCGAGUUUGAGAGUCAACAGGGGAUGCUGGGGGCGACCUCUUCCUCACUAUUUCCCAGGAGCCCUUCCUCACUCUCAGGGAGAGCACCGCUCUAGACCACUCCAUCGUGCCGCCCGAUUUCGACCAGCUGCCGCACCUCCUGACCAUCUGUGCCGUGCGGAUGGGGAGGGAGGUGGAAGCGCGGACAGUGCAUGAGUGGGUGAGCUACCACUGGCACCUUGGCGCCACUCAGUUCCGCCUAUAUGAUGCUGGAUCUAUGGAUCAGAGCCUUGCCACGGUCCUAGACGCCUUCCUGCGCAACGACUCGAUACAAGUCAUCCCCACGGGCCACCUGUCCUUCUACAAUAUCGAGUACAACGCGCAUUCCCUCAGCGCGCUAGACUGUCUAUACAGCACACACUUCACAUCCAAGUGGGUAACCGUGUUACCACCCGACAGCUACCUCUACAUCGCCCCACCCCACACGCUCCCAUCCUUCCUCGCCCACUACGCCUCUCGCCCGUGGCUCACCUACGGGGCGCACGAGUGGAGCACUGAGAAGUGCAGGGAGGGGAUAGCAUGGGAGAAUGCAACGACAGAGGAGUGGAUGGGGAAGAGGGAGGUCACUCCGUUUGUGGUUGAGUGGCUGGCGUAUAGGAGGAGAGAGAAUGUGUGCGAGGGGGGCGGGGAGGAUCGGGAGAAGUGCAUUGGGGAGCAAGGUCAACGGUCCCACUUCACCAACCCGAGAAAGGCUGGAGUGUUAGCUUAUAACGAGGUUAGAGAGACGGACAGCAGUGGGGAGCACGUGGCUUAUAGCGAGAUGCACAAAAACGUGUAUCCGAAGCUGCACGAGAGGUCCGGGUUCAACCAGACCUGCCGAGAGGUCGGGGCAGCAGAGGAGUGGGAUGGGUGGGUGCGGGACGUCACUGCAGCGGAUUUCGCCAAGCUGCUGAGGAAAAGCCCGCCUCCAACGGCUUAGAAAACACAGCUUGUGAUGUGAGCACUGAGCACUGAGCUGUAGAGGAGUGGGAUGGGAGGGUGAGGGACGUCACUGCUGCGGAUUUUGCCAAGCAGCUCAGGAAAAGCCUGCCUCCACAGCUCGUGAUGUGAGCAGCAGAGUGGGAUGGGUGAGUGAGAGAUGUCACUGCAGCUAACUUUGCGAAGUUGAAGAAAAUUCCGCCAUCAACUGCUUGAGAGCACAGCUCGUGAUGUGAGCAGCAGAGGAGUGGGAUGGGUGAGUGAGGGAUGUCACUGCAGCAGACUUAGGAAAGCAGUUGAAUAAUGGCCCUCCAGCAAUGGCUUUAGGGCUCAUCCCCCAAGUACUCAGCUUUAAGUAUUUAUAGGAACUUCAGCUGUAGCUAGCCCGUCAGCUCUUCUCGAGUCUGACUUCAUAGAAAAUGGAUAAUAGUUGGAACCCUAAAGCCUCAUGAUACUAUUCCAAGGCUCGGCACUAGAGGGGCUCAGCGCAAGACUAGCAUCCUAAUACUCG